AUGAUAGAACACGCAGCACACUGGCAGCUUGCACUGCUAGGCGCGGAAUUCUGGAACGACGUGGAGACGAGAAAUCAGCCUGUCCACGACCUCAUUGAUACGGUACAUGACCAAACUCUCCAUACCCGUUUCCCGUUCAACCUUGUUAGUGAGGAAAACAGCCGUGCCAGCAACAACACUUCUUCCGAUUCUUCAGACAAGCCGCGGCGCCGUCGCCGCUACAGCAUGAGCGACGUAUUUACCAGAAACACCGCAUCCAACACCCCAGAAUUGACCCUGACCAUGGCCGGAUCGCGCAAGGUCGAGCGUGCGAAGCGUUCGCGCUCCGAGAGCCGGACUUGCUCCCAGGAGCAGCAGACACCGCAGCAGCAGCAGCAGCAGCAGCCUCAGCCAUUCAGCCGGUCCUCCAGCACAGCGUCCAGCAGGAACAACCAAAGCACCGCCUCGCUCCUCCGCUCCGCGCUCCAGCGCUUGAGCCCGCAGCAAGUACAGCAAGCCCAAGCCCAAGCACAAAGCCUACCCAUCGUCUUCUUCACAGCCGAGCAAGCCACCCCGACCAACCCGCUCCUAGAAUUCCGCGGCGGCGCGACCUGGGCUCGAUUCCCGCGGAACCGACGUUCAUUGGGGAUCGAUGUCUACUUGCCUAUCGACAAAUCCCAAUCUGCUACCGCCACCACCGCCGCAGCGGAUUCCACAGCGCAGACCGAAGAACAGACAAACGGAGAAGAGGAAGAGGAAGACGAAGACGAAGACGAAGAAGAGGUAGAAGAGCGCGUUGAGGUCCUGCCCGUGGAGCAACUGUUCCCGCUCAUCCAUUUCCGGCACCUCCGCUCCCUCAAGAUCACCGGCAUGGUGCAGUCGUACCAGAGGUACAUCUGGCAAGCGGCGUGGCUGAACACGGGCCUCGAAGAGCUGGAGCUCAGCAUGGUCUGCCCCCCGCGCCUUCGCCAGUCCUUCGCUGGGAACUGGCCGUACAUCAAGGGCGGAUGGACGAUGAAUCCCACCCACUACAGUGCCCCUGUCUACUACGGCACCGGCGCCGGCGCCCUCCCGCGCACCAUCGGCGAAGGCGAAUACCUGGACAAGAUCGCCCUCGAGAAGGCCAAAAUCUGCGCCAUGGUGCAAGGCCCCACGCGCAACCGGCUGUCGAUCCGCACCCUGACGCUGACGGGCUUCGUGAUCGACGCCGACCCCUUCCUGCUCUGGUUCGACGCCACGCGGCUCAAGUGCCUGCAUUUCAAGGACUACUGCGUCGACGCCGGCUUCUAUCUGUGUGAGGCUAUGCACUGCGUCUCCGUGCUGUAUCCCCGGCUGUUACUGGUUGAUGAGGAAGGCCGGGAGGCCGUCGUCGCGCGCCGGGUGAAUCUGCGGAAGGAGUUGAAGGUCGUGCAGCUACGGGGUGGACGGAAGGUUGGGGAGAUGGCGUACACUGGGCCGGGGUGUUUGGAUAGGGAGAUUCCGGAGGCGGUGGGGGUGGGGGUGGGGGUGGGUGUGGGUGGUGCUGUGCAGGAAGAGGAAGAGGAAGAGGGGGCGGAGGGUGCUGAUGCUGCUGCUCCUGCUCCUGCUCCUGAUCCUGCUUCUGCUACCGAGUAAGCGUAAAGGA